UGAUAUGCAUGUUGAUUUUUAAGAAAAAUGUGUUCUUUUUAGUUUUCACAAUCUCAAUCUAAGUAAAAAUUACUUGUAAUUAUACUAAUAGAGAUCAGAACUGCAACAGAUAAAUGUGUUGGUAUUCAUGUAAAAAUCACCUUUACUGAAAUCAAAAUUAGCUUUUUAUUGCAGAGGGAGGGAGGGUACUUCAUAGUUCUGUUAAAGGAAAAGUGUGCGAAAAAGUGACAAGUUAUAUUGCUUUUUCGCUUUCGUUAUUUUCAUUUUCAUACUGCUUUGAAUUGCCAUGUUUUCUCUUGAGCUGAUGAUCUUUCGGAAACAGCCUCCUUACCUUUCAAGAUAGGAGUAAGGUCUGCGUACACUUUAACCUUCCCAGACCUCACAUUGUGGGGUUUCACUGGGUAUGUUGUUGUUGUUGUAUAUCCCUAGUCAAUCUCUUAUUGUAAACAACAGUGCAUGAAUGGGAAUGUUGUGCCAAUGUUGUUGGAGACUCUUUAUGGUGUUUGUUUUAUGCUACUUAUUUUCCUUUUUCUCCUGUAUUUUGUUUGCUCUAAGACCUAGUCAAGGUAAGUUCUUUUAUGGGUUCACAAGCUCCCAACAGCUUAUGAGUAAAAAAAGAAGUCAGAACACUACAAUGAGUAAUGUUAGUGUACUCUUUGCAGCUUAAACAUGGAGAUAACUCAUGUUAAUUCUUGCUGACUAGGCUAGUUUUAAGUGAUCCUGGGCUAUGGGCCUCCGGUUUGUCGUUCCUGUGCUCUUGCAUAGUUGCAGUUCCUUGGUGAUUUGUCAUAUUAUUAACAUGGUUCAAAUACGACAAAAGAUUGGUUUUGGCAGGGAUGUGUUACAGGUCUGAAAUGGGGAUGGGGGAGCUGCUGGUGGAAAAGCAUGCUAAGUACAUUAUAACAGUUGAGAAGAGAAAAGAUGAUUUUGAAUCCGUGGUGAUGGAGCAUUUGAGAUUAAAUGGGGCAUACUGGGGAUUGACAACUCUGGAUAUCAUGGGCAAGCUUGCUGCUGUGGAGCAAGAUGAAGUUAUUUCAUGGGUCUUUCAGUGCCAACACGAAUCUGGUGGAUUUGGUGGUAAUAUUGGACAUGAUCCGCAUGUGCUAUAUACACUUAGUGCUAUUCAAGUCUUGGCGAUAUUUGAUAAAUUACAUGUCCUUGACAUUGAUAAGGUGUCAAAUUAUAUUGCAGGCCUUCAAAAUGAAGAUGGAUCAUUUUCUGGUGACAUAUGGGGUGAAGUCGAUACACGGUUCUCAUACAUUGCGAUCCUUUCACUUGCAUUGUUGCAUCAGUUAGAUAAGAUUGAUGUUGGAAAAGCAGUAAAAUAUAUUUUAAGUUGCAAGAAUGUGGAUGGUGGAUUUGGUUGCACGCCGGGAGCAGAAUCUCAUGCUGGGCAAAUUUUCUGUUGCGUGGCAGCUCUCGCAAUUACAGGGUCUCUACAUCAUGUUGAUAAGGACCUUCUUGGUUGGUGGUUAUGUGAAAGACAAGUCAAAUCUGGGGGUCUGAAUGGGCGCCCGGAGAAGCUUCCUGAUGUCUGCUACUCUUGGUGGGUUCUUUCCAGCUUAAUUAUGAUCGACAGGGUUCAUUGGAUUGACAAGGGGAAGCUUGUAAAAUUUAUUUUGGACUGUCAGGAUAAGGAGAAGGGUGGAAUUUCAGAUAGGCCAGAUGAUGCAGUUGAUGUCUUCCAUACCUACUUUGGAGUCGCUGGGCUUUCGCUUCUUGAAUAUCCAGGAAUAAAGCCGAUAGAUCCUGCUUAUGCCUUGCCUGUUGAUGUUGUAAACCGAGUUAUGCUUGGCAGAUAAUCUCUGGGUUUUGCUCCAUUCUUGCUCAUAACAGUGUUAUCUUGAUAUGAGAUUACCAGAAACAAUUUCACAUGAAAAGCGGUUUGCCUUACUAAUGCCGCAACAUUUUCAUUACAAUGACUCUUUUAGGAAGAAGCAAACCAGAGGCGGAUCCAAGAUUUAAACUUGAUGGGUUCAACUUUUGUAGUUUUUAGCACUCAACUCAUUAUAAAUUUAAAGUUACAGGCUCAAAUUUGAUAUUUGUUGGUAUUUUAGUGAUUUUUCGCUUAUAUAUUUAUAAGAUAUGUUGAAACACUGGCUUUAGAUGAA